GCGGCGUCUCAAGGGCGGCCCCUCCCUCCUCCUCGCAGCCCUCCCUCCCCCCCCUCCCGGCCAUGUCUGGGCCACCCUCCUUCCGCGGGGGGGCGCCGUGGGGCGGGGCGGGGCGAGGGGCGCGCAGGGAGCCGCCCAUGGAGUGCCGGGACCCCGUCCUGGAGAACGCGCUCUACUCGGGGGACCUGGACCGGGUGCGCCGACACUUCCGCCAGGGAGCCGCCGUCGACCUCGUCCUCCGCGCCCGCACCCACGAGCCACGGUGGAUCUGCCGCGAGUGGGGGAUCUGGGCGCUGACCUACGAGCAGGAGCUGACCUCUCCGCUGCACGUGACGGCGGGGCGGGGCUUCGUGGACUGCCUGCGGCACCUGCUGCUCCGCGGGGCGGAGGUGGACCUGGCCCCCGCCGGAAGGACGGCCCUGCACGAGGCCUGCGCCGCCCCCGCCCCCGACUGCGCCCGCCUCCUCCUCUCCUUCGGCGCAGACCCCCACGCCCCCGCCGAGCCCGACGGCAGGCGCCCCCUCCACUUCUGCCGCAGCCCGGACUCCCUCGAGUGCGCGCGCCUCCUGCUGGCCCACGGGGCGGUGGUGAACGCGGCCUCGGAGGGGGGCGAGGGCGAGGGCGAGGGCGAGACCCCGCUGCACGUGGCGGCGCGGCUGGGCCUGGCGGGCCACGCGCGGCUCUUCCUCUCCCACGGGGCCCUCCUCGAGGCCCGCGACGCCGCCGGGCGGACCCCUCUGCACGCCGCCUGCUCCGCCGCGCCCCUCCCGCGCGGGGCCGAGGGCGGGGGCGGGGGCGGGGCCGCGCGCGAGGGGCGGUGGGCGGUGUGCCGGCUGCUGGUGGCGUCGGGGGCGCGCGUGGAGGCGUCCGACCAGGACCGGAGGCGCCCGCUGCACUGCGCCUGCAAGGCCGGGGACCACCGCGCGGUGGCGCUGCUGCUGGAGGGCGGGGCCAGCGCCAACCUCAUGGCCUACGGGGGGGGCACCCCGCUCCACCUCGCCCUCCAGGCUGCCGCCGCCCACGACCCCGCCCGCGACCCCGCCGCGCGCCCCGAUGACCCCGAGGACCCCGACCCCCAGGGGGACGUCCGGCCGGAGCUGGUGGUGCGACACCUCCUCAACCACGGCGCCGUCCGCGUCUGGCCGGGGGCCCUGCUCAAGGUGGUCUGCCACUGCUGCGCCUGCCCCCCCGCCCUGGAGGCGCUGCUCAACACCUACGAGCGCGUCCCCGUGACCGAGGAGUGGAGGGAGGCCGUGCCCGAGGAGGCGCAGCAGCGUGACCCGCGCUUCUUCGAGUCGCUCCUCUCCCUGGGGGGCUCCCCGCGCGCCCUGCGGCACCUCUCCCCGCCUCGCCCUCCGCGCCGCCCUCCACGGACGCCCCCUCCCGCCCCUCCUGACCCGACUCGGCCUCCCCGGGCCCCUCCGCCGCUUCCUGCUCCUCCGUUUCGAAGGCCGUCCUCUACUAGGGCUCCCGG